AUGUAUUCCGCCCUAGCCGCGUCAUUGUUGACGGCGACAUUGCUGUUAACGAGCCCGGCGUGCGGUGCAGCGCAUCCACGCAUCACUCCGCCGAGCGUCAAGGUCCGCAAUGGGUCUUACCACGGCAUUCUGAACCAGCACUAUGACCAAGACCUGUUUCUCGGGAUGCCCUUUGCGCAGCCUCCGGUGGGAGACUUGCGGUUCCGCCAGCCACGGUCAUUGAACACGACUUGGGACGGCAGUCGAAGUGCCACGGCUUAUUAUCCUGAGUGUUUCGGGUACAGUAGCGACGAUUGGGUACUGGGCAACCCUGUCUCGGAAGACUGUCUUGCCAUUAACGUGGUGCGCCCGCAUGGUGUUGCAGAGGGUGACAAGCUGCCCGUCGCAGUGUGGAUCUAUGGCGGUGGAUGGGUGGCUGGUGGAAGCCAGGACCCGCGGUAUAAUCUUUCGUUUAUCAUUGAGCAGUCCGUGCAGAUGGAUAAGCCGAUGAUCGGCGUGAGCCUCAACUACCGUCUCCAGGGAUGGGGAUUCAUGUAUGGCGAGGAGGUUGUCAAGGAAGGAGAUGCCACCAAUGCGGGAUUGCAUGAUCAGCGGCUUGCGCUGCACUGGAUCCAGGAGAAUAUCGCGGCGUUUGGAGGUGACCCGAGUAAGGUCGUUAUUUGGGGACAGAGCGCCGGCGCAGAAAGUGUGGGUGCGCAUCUCGUCGCCUAUGGAGGCCGAGAUGAUGGGCUCUUCCGCGCCGGUAUUGCAGAAAGCGGCACACCCGUUUCGGCAACGGCGUAUGUGACUGCUUCGGAGUGGCAGACACAUUACGACGCCAUCGUCAGCGCAACCAACUGCACCGGCACGCCCGAUACGCUCGCGUGCCUGCGCAGCGUCGAUACAUGGGCGCUCAACGACGUGUUGAACAGCUCCAUCGUCAGCAACGAGGCAUACCGCCCCGUCAUCGACGGGGAAAUUAUCCAGGGAUCCACGCUCACGCAGCUGCGGGAGGGCAAAUUCGCCCAUGUGCCGCUCUUGAUCGGCAGCAACUUCGACGAAGGCACGAACUUUGCGGGGAAAUUUGGCACCAUCAAUACCACCGCUCAAUUCCGGGAUAUGGUCCAGACCUGGGGCCCGAACGACACCGUCAUUGAUACCAUCGACGCACUGUAUCCGGAUAUCCCUGCCAUCGGAAUCCCCGCCACGCUGGACGGCCGACCCCCGCCCAACCUGCAAGGCGAGUAUGGGUACCAGUGGAAGCGCGACUGUGCCUUUGUAGGCGACAUCCAGAUGCAUGCACUGCGCCGCACCACCACGCAGAUGUGGGCCAAGUACGACGUGCCGGCGUAUUCGUAUCACUUCAAUGUACUCGUGAACGGCCAGCCGCCGGAGAUGGGCGCCACUCACUUCCAGGAGGUGGCCUUUGUCUUCCACAACAUCCACGGUCUUGGAUAUGAGACUGCUGUCGCUGUGAACCCGUUCGCAAAUGAGACCGAGACCUUUUUCGAGCUCGCCACCAUGAUGUCUCGGAUGUGGGUGAGCUUCGUGAAUCACCUUGACCCGAACCAGUCGGGCACUACCCGAGUGCACUGGCCGAAGUAUACCACAGAGGCCCCACGGAACAUGGUGUUCGAUGUAAAUGUCACGAAUCUGGCGUACAUUGAGGAGGAUUAUUAUCGGGCGGCGCCCAUCGCGUAUCUGCAGGAGCAGUUGUCCACCGCAUUCGGACGAUAG